AUGAUGGUAUGGACGGGGUGUGGCGACUUAGCGGUCUUCGGCCCACUCGUUCUCGCGUCUGAUGGCGGCUUCUUCCUCAGGAGUGAAGUCGUUGACGAUGUUGAACGUUUUGCGGAUCUCUUCAGGCGACUUGCCGCGGAUCAUCUCAGCAACGACUUUGCAGCCGGCGUUGAGCAGCGGCUUGAUGUUGAGGUAAUUGGCUGCGAGGAUGAUCUCGUACAGCAUUUCCUGGUCCACGUUAAGGAAGUUCUUGUCCCAGGCGUCGAUCGGGGCGCUCUUCUUGGAGUCGUCGUCCUGCUCGUCGUCUGGGAAGUUGUAGUCUUUGUAGUGGUCGCACCAUUCCAGAAUGUUCUUCAUCACAGCAGACCGGACGUUCUGUGUAGGCACCUCGAUUGGCUCGUCGGCGUCCUCGUCGUCCUCUUCCUCGUCGUCUGCAGGCAGCAGGUUUUUCAGCAUAUUCUUGAUGAGGAUACUUUUUUCGGCGACCUUGCGCUCCACAGGGAACUUGUCGCCGUCGGAAGUGAUGAUUAUGAUCUUUCUUUCGGUCAUGGCAAAACAAAUCGUAGAUGGGUUUUUUUGGUACUUGGUGUCAGGGGGCCACGACAAUUUUUGUGUGGCGGGAGCAGGAGGGAAGCAGCAAGGGAGGGCAGCAGCAUGAAGGAGGGAGGGAAGCAACAGGAUGCGUGUGAUGAGCUGGGUUAA